AUGAUGUUAUUACUAAUCCUUAUUUCUUUGGAAAAGAAAAACAUUUAUUAAAAGCAUAAAUUGUUAGAAUUACAUAAUCUACUGUUAUUAUUCCUAAAGGUUAAUAUAUUUUAAGAGAAGGGGAACCAAGAGAAAUAGAUCCAGCACCUGAAUAUAAAUUACCAGGAUUUCAUGAUUUAAAAACAUUAAAUGAUUGGAUACAUUUCAAUUAAAAUAUAUUAAAUGUAUAUUAAUUAUAUAUUAUUAUUAUAUUAGUGUGGUAGAUUAGUACAUUUAAUACCAUCUGAAUUACCUGAAGGUAUUGAACCAGAAGCUUAUUAAAAAUAAAUAGAAAAUGCAGAUCCAUUUGAAAAUAGAUUAAAACCUAUAUCAAAUGAUAAAAAUGCUUGGAAAAUAAGAAUUGUAGGAGAUACAACAGAUUAUAAUCCUUUAUCUAAAGAUACUAAUAAUAAAGUUAAUAAUGGUGUUAUUAUUAUUAAAUCUUUAGUUUGGCCAGGAUUAGUAACAGUAUAUUCUGUAAUAAUCUAUUUAAUUUAUACUAGAAUAAAGUAUUAUCAUAAUUAUAUUAUGGUUAUGGAUAUAAAGCAACAAAUAAUCAUUUCUAUCCUAAAUAACCAUAAUAAGUCUAAUCUGAAUAGCCAGAUCUUCCUGAAUAACCAGAACCUAAUUUUCCAGCAGAAGUUCCUUAACAACCAUAAGAUUGA